CUGCGUUCGUUUUUUGACAGGUAGCCGUAAACGGAAGCGGAAAUUUCCGCUAGGCUCUGGAAAAGCCUCUCAUCUUCUCUCCCGUUCAUUCUCCCAAAAGGCCAUAAAGGUACCAUAGGGAAAAGCUCAUGGACUGAAGUGCCUGUCAGCGAUUUGAGAAACUCAGUCAACACCCAUUCCUACAUCCUUUAUUUAGCAGAUCUAGGACAAAACCGCCAUCAUGACUCACUCAAUGCUGCGACGACAACUGAAAAAUCUUGUUCAGAAUUUCUCUGAGGCAGAGGUCAAGGUUCGAGAAGCGACUUCUAAUGACCCCUGGGGGCCAUCAAGCUCCCAGAUGGCCGAUAUCUCGGAUCUAACCUACAAUGUGGUGGCCUGUAACGAGAUUUUGGCCAUGCUCUGGAAGCGUCUCAAUGAUGACAAGAAUUGGAGGCACGUGUACAAGUCUUUAACUCUUCUCGAAUAUCUGUUGAAAACUGGCUCUGACCGCAUCCCUCAACAGAGUGUGGAGAACAUACACAUUAUCAAAAUCCUAACAGAAUACCGCUUCACAGACAAGGACGGAAAGGACCAGGGGGUAAAUGUGAGAGAAAAGGCUAAGAUAGUGAUGCUGCUGAUUGAGGAUGAGGAAAAGCGGAAAGAGGAGAGAGAUUUUGCUAUGAAGACAAAAGACAAGCUGACAAAGGCUCCCAAUGCAUCCUCCGCUACAGGACCAGAAAAAGAAAAGCCAGAGAUCCCGCCAUAUACAGGGCUGCCCUCCCUGGACAACAUCCCGUCAGUGGCUGACCUGACCGCCGCUAUGGCCAAGAAGAAGGAGGAGCAGAAACGUCUGGAGGCCGAGAGGAAAGAGGCAGAGAGGCGGGCAAAGGAGGGUGACACAGAGCCAGAUCUUUGGGAAAAAGCAGCGACAGCAGCACCUCCAUCCAGCUCGGACCCCUGGGGAGCCCCAUCUAACGAAUCCAACGACCCGUGGGGGGCACCGUCUGAUGAGGCGAAGGAAUCCAGUCAAGUUAGCAAUGAUCCUUGGGGUGGAUCUGCUGAUGGGACAAACGGAUCCACACCUGUAUCCAAUGAUCCAUGGGGAAGAUCUGCCAGUGCCAAGAACGAUUCUCCACCUGCUGCCAGUGACCCAUGGGGCGACUCUGCUGGAUUUUCAGAGGAUAAAGCCCCGUCAACAAACAUCCCUUGGGGGGCUCCAGCCGAAACUGCAAAAGACUCUGACGCAGCAACAUCAGAUCCUUGGGGGGCACCUGCAGAUAGUGUACAGGAUUCAGCACCUGCAACCUCUGACCCCUGGGGGGCGCCGUUAGAAGCAUCAUCAGCUACAUCUGAUCCAUUUGGUGAUGGUUCAAAAGCAGAUAAUGACCCUUGGGGCACAGCAGCAUCUUCAACUCCUACUGCAAAUGACCCCUGGGGUGCCCCAUCAGCUCCAACUGAUGCUGUGACAACUGAUGACCCUUUCGGUGAUGGAGGCAUAUCAGAUCCUUGGGGAGGUUCCUCUGAGAACGGUGACACUGCUACAAAACCUGGUGUUGAUACCAAAAAACCGGCAUCGUUCCUUGGAGAAGGUGCUUCAUUGGUGGACUUGGACUCUCUUAUGUCAGUCAAGCCCAAACCUAAACAGCCCCCUCUCAACGCCAUCCCCACCCAAAACGCCCCGGGAGUUUUGCCAGCCGCAGGCAUGUCCUGGCCAUUGGGCGGCAACGUGUCCAAUGCAAGUGGUUCAACUGCACAGCCUUCAAACCCAAAUUAUUUUGGUUUUAACUCCAUGUCACCCUGUUCCAGUGGCCUGUCCCCCCUAAACACAGCCUUUGGGGUGCCUGUCGCCCAUAUGGCAUCUCCAACCCAGAAUACAAGCCAUUCAGCUUUGACAGUGUCCAGCAUGGGAUUUUCCAUGGCUAACCCUAGAAUGGUUCAACCCAGCACUGCAGGCACUCUUAUUGGUGAGUUAUCUCCUAUGUCCCUCAUAGGAACAGUUACCCAACAAGCUCCAGUUCUUCAGCGACCUCCAUUGGUUUGGGGCACUGGAACUGGGGCGGCUGGGAAAGGCAAUAGCAUUUUUUGAGUUCUCCAUUCAGCAUCAAUUGAUCCCUAGCCUUCUCCUUUCCCCAUCCCCUUCAUCAAUCCUAGUUGAUUAUGUGUGUGUAUAAGUGUGUGCAAAUAUUUAAAUAUUAAUGAGCAACGAUAUACUGUAAGUAUAUAAAACAAUAUACUUUAUGUUUUGGGGAAAAAAGCAUGCAUACCUGGCCUUUCCAAUAUGAUGGACUGAGAAAUUGAAGCAGGUCGUUCUUAAAGGUUUUAGGAAAACUGUCAUAUCUACUGGAGCAGAUUUUGGAUAUACACUGCUGUUCAAAAGAUUGGGGUCAGUAUUAUACACUGCCACUCAAAAGUUUGGAAUCAGUAAGAUUUGUAAUGUUUUUUAAAGAAGUUUCUUCUGCUCAUUAAGGCUGUAUCUAUUUGAUCAAAAAUACAGAACAAAACUGUUAUUUUGUGAAAUAUUAUUGCAAUUUAAAAUAAGUUUUCUAUUUUAAUAUACUUUAAAAUAUAAUUUAUUUCUGUGAUCAAAGCUGAAUUUUCAGCAUCAUUACUCCAGUCUUCAGUGUCAUGGUUAUUCUAAUAUGUUGAUUUAUAAUCAAUGUUGGAAACCGUUCUUCAUAUUUUUGGGGGGGACCUGUGAUAUUUUUUUUUUUUUUUUUUUUUUUUUAGGAUUUUCUGAUUAAUAAAAAGUUAAAAAGAACAGCAUUUAUUUCAAAAAGAAAUAUUGUGUUAUGAUAUACAAUGCUAUUCAAAAGUUUGGGGGGUUUUUUUCUUUUUUUUAAAGAAAUUAUUCAGGAGGGAUGUGUUAAAUGAACAAAAAGUCAUAGUAAAGACUUAUAUUGUUAGAAACGAUUUCUGUUUUGAACAAAUGCUGCUCUUUUUAACUUUGUAUUCAUCAAAGAAUCAAAGAAAAAAGUAUCACAUAUUCCAUAAAAACACAACAGUUUCAACACUCAUCAUAAAUCAGCUUAUUAGAAUGAUUUCUGAAGGAUCAUGUGACACUGAAGACUGGAGUAAUGAUGCUGAAAAUUCUGCGCUGCAUCACAGAAAUAAAUUCUAUUUUAAAGUAUAUUAAAAUAGGAAACCAGUAUUAUAAAUUGCAAUAAGAUUUCACAAUAUUACUGUUUUUUCUGUAUUUUUGAUCGAAUAAAUACAGCCUUGAUUAGCAGAAGAGACUCCCUUAAAAAACAUAAAAAAUCUAACCGAUCACAAACUUUUGAGCGGCAGUGUAUAUAUGAUACUUUUGUUCGGCAAGGAUGCAUUUAAUUGAUCAAAAGUGAUACAUGGAUACAAGAGAUUCUUUCAAAUAAAUAUUAAUAAAAUACUCUAUUUCGUUUAAAAUGAAUGUUGUUCUUUUCUUUGUUCAUCAAAGAAUUUCGUCAAAUAAAAAAAUAUUAAAAACAAAAAUAUUAAGCAGCACAGCCGGUUUCAUCAUUGAUAUUAAUAAGAAAUAUUCUUUUUAAUGAAAUAAAUGUAGCCUUGGUGAGCAUAAGAGACAAAAACAUUCAAAUAUCUCACAGUCCCCAGACAGAUCUUUAAGCAGUAGUGUAUGUUUCUCUGAUAACGUAACUGAAUAAACAUCCAGCUUUAAAGAGUGAACAAUCAGAUGUUUAUUCCCAAACCUACCUGAGUAACCAAGGAAGCCGCCAUGUAAGAGACAAGGAUAUACUUUGGCAUUUAAUUUGUAUAACCAGGAUUGAGUAUAUUUGUUUUUGUUGUUGUUGUUUUUUAUUUGCUUUCUAUUGCAUCACUGUCCGUAAAACUUCCGUAAACAUUUUUUCUCACAGAAUUAUGCAUAUUGGAAAAUCUAAAUGUGGCUUAUAGUGAUUAAUAUGAUAAGAGACAUUCCAGUCAUUAACAUUUUUAAUGCAUUAGUUGGUUAUGUCAUAUGAAGAGGUAUGGGAUGUAUCAAAAAUUUGAGGGUCCUAAUACUUGACGACCACAUUGCUUUUUACUUACUUGCUUAUUGAUUGAUUGAUUGAUUGAUUGAUUUUACAUGUUUGAAUAUGUUGUUUGGCUUGGAAUGGAUCUGUUCUGUGGUCAAUAUCAAAACAAAUCUGCUGAAGGCAGCAAGUGACGAUCAUGCAAAAUGUUUGUUAGCAAUUGUUUACUGCAGUAAAUUAACACUAUAAGAGGAUUGGUGAAGAGAAGUAUACAAUUUUGAAUACUGAUUUAAAGAUGUAAAAUGGUUAAUUAAGAUGCAUCUUCAUCAGACCAUUUUAUUUUUAUUAGUGUAGUUUUUAUUUAUUUAUUUAUUUAUUUCAGACUUUUGUUUUGGUCCUGAUAUUUAUGUCAUUCUGUCAGAAUUCUACUGCUAUUCUGUCAAUGAAGAAGCUAUUGGAAGAUAAGCAAAAUCAUCACAAUUAGAAUUAAAAAUGUAUGAGGUAUUGACUAUAAUUAUAGGUUCAGUUACAGUUUUAUUUUUUAUGAUGAAUAUAUUUAUUUAUUUAUUUAUUUAUUUAUUUAAUCAGCUAUGGUAAACCUGUGGUGUUACCUGUGAAAGUGCACAAUUCAAGAAUAAAGUG